CACACACACACUGUGGCCGGAGUGGUGUGUGUUUCCUGGCUCAUUGUGAAGUGGGCCAUUCAGAUUGAGGGGCCAAAUGGGGCAGGAAGUGUGAGACUGCCCCCAUCUACCCCUCAACAUCCCCCUCUUCACUUCAGCAUGAGGAACAUUUCUCGCCUUCUCCUGCCACAUCCUGUUAGCAACACCAGAGUCUUUAGCCUUGGAGCUCUUUCAUAAGCUUUUAAAAAAUUGAUUAUACCACAACAGGGACCUGGAGAGGUGUGUGUGUGUGUGUGAGUGAGAGAGAGAGAGAGAGAGAGAGAGAGAGAGAGAGAUGGACUCUUACUGGACUAAACGGAGUUAUUUAAAGUCAGAGAAAUGUUGGCGAUGUCUGGAUCAUUAACGGGGUAACGAAAUGGAGACCUCAUCACCAAGGCAACGACGCCGUUACCAUGACGGUUCCCUGACCCGACGACGCCAACGCGGUUAUGAGGUGGAGGCAAAGGAGGCGUGUGAUUGGCUGAGAGCAGCAGGAUUCCCGCAGUAUGUUCAGCUCUAUGAAGCCUCUCUCUUCCCCAUCGAUAUCUCCUCAGUCAGGAGGGAUCAUGAGUUUUUGGAUCAUGACUCUGUGCGAGCGUUAUGCCGGAGAUUGACGACUCUGAACAAAUGCGCUGCUAUGAGUCUGGAAGUUCACUUCCGCUGUAAACAGAGCGAGGACUCUGAGGAGGAUGAUGCGUGUGCACUCAGCUCCCGUUGGGCGUUUCAGCGUGACAGUAAAACCUGGUCCCGCCUCCAGACGCACAGCGACGGUGUGACGACCCUGAGGCCAUCAGCCAGCAGUGACAGCGUCCUAAGUGACGUGACCUCGUUGACCUCUGACCUCAGCCUGAGCAGCCUGAGUCUGGACGUCGCCCAGGAGACCGCCUCUCCGGAGGUCACCACCUAUAGCGAGCCCACAGAAUGUGAUGGCGAUGACUCGUCCUCUCCUCCUCAUUCUGUCCGAGAAAAAGUCAGACGUUCGUCCAGACUCCUCCUGCGAAGGAUGGAGUCUCUGCGGCGACAGAAGGAUGCAGUUGCUAGGGGCGUUUCCACGGAAACGCAUCCUCCAGUGGCAAAAUUACGUCCGGAACUCGGCUUGCCAAAAAGGACAGUAAAAGGAAACGGUGCCUCAGAGGACGCGGGAUGGAGGUCGCGAAUGAGGCGGCACAGCAGCAUCGACCAAUCGGCAGCUGACAUCAAGCCUCAGAGGGCGUGUCUUUAUCUCGAGGAUUACCAGUUAGCAUGGGAGCGGUCCAAACUGACCAAUCAGAGAAGUCUCCCGGCAACUGUAGGGCGUCUCGUUCAUCUUCCUUCAGAUCACAAACCCGGAACGUUCCCCCGGUCGCUGUCCAUCGAGAGCGUGUGUCCGCCUGAUUUCUCUGGGCGUGGCGAGCCGAUCGGCUGGCUGGGAGAGGACGGAGACUUCUCAUUGGAUGGCACCAGCAGUUACCUCAGCGAAUCGCAGGACUUUGUUUCACCCACGCUGGGGAAACGGCACAACUCUGUGGAUUCGAUCAACUCGGUUUACGACAAUGUCCCGCACGCCUACCCGGUUUCUCCGGAGGUUCCGGUAGUUUCCAUUCAGAGCUCGGAGGACGCGUUCCAGUAUCUGGACGCCAUUUUGCAGCACAUCCACGGACUGCAGGACAACAUCGACGAGUGGUCGAACUCUCUGGGACGACAGCUGGAUGAGAGCGAGUCCAUGACAGAGGGUACGUUACCCAGCAUGCUUCAUGAUGAGGAGCGCUCGGAUUACGAGAGUGCCGGGAAUUCGCUGAACGACGGAGAUGGAGACAUGAGGGAAAGGAGGGAUUCGGGAGUCGGAGCGUCCCUCACUCGCCCCAGCAGGAAGCUGCGAUGGCACAGUUUCCAGAACUCACACCGCCCCAGCGUCUCCUCGGCCUCACAGGAGAUUAACCGCCAGUCAGCGGCUCAGCUCAACCUGCUGCAGAAGUACAGCCUGCUGAGGCUCACUGCUGUCCUGGAGAAACACGGAGACACGGGCAGACACGGCCGGAGCUGGACCGUGCCCAAGUUCAUGAAGCGCUCUAAAGUUCCUGAUUACAGAGACAAGCGAGUGUUUGGGGUUCCACCUAUCAUAAAUGUCCAGCGCAGCGGUCAGCCCCUCCCCCAGAGCAUACAGCAGGCCAUGAGGUACCUGCGGAGUCAGUGUCUCGAAAAGGUGGGAAUAUUUCGGAAGUCUGGAGUGAAAUCCCGGAUUCAGGCCCUCAGGCAGCUGAAUGAUAAUUCCCCUGAUCAUGUGACCUAUCAGGGCCAAUCAGCUUACGACGUUGCUGACCUGCUAAAGCAGUACUUCAGAGAUCUUCCAGAACCCAUCCUCACCUCCAAACUCACACAGACCUUCCUGCACAUUUACCAGUUCGUCCCUCAGCAGCAGAGGUUCCAGGCAGUGCAGUGUGCUGUGUUCCUCCUGCCUGAUGAGAACCGGGAGGUUCUGCAGACGCUGCUCUACUUCCUCAGUGACAUCAGCACAGCCGAGGAGAACCAGAUGACCGCACACACACUUGCUGUGUGUCUCGCUCCCUCCAUCCUGCACCUCAACAACUCCAAACGAGACACAGCCUCACACAGGCUGAUUAGCAAAAGGGGCAGAGCAAAACCAGACCACAAGGACCUGAGUGAGAACAUGGCAGCCACAGAGUGCCUGAGUCACAUGAUCACAGAGUGUAAAAAGCUCUUCCAGAUUCCUCAGGAGAUGAUGCUGCAGGCGUGUAGCUCCUACGUGUUAGCGGACGCUCAGCCGCUGCCUCUGCAUGCGCUCGGUGUGAACAGACGCGGAGAACACGUGGACUAUCGCGUUUACCUGGAGGACAACGUGCAGUGUUUACUCAGAGAUACAGCUGAGAAGGGCAAGGGGUGGCACAGCGCACCGGGACCUCCACACACUGAGCUCGCCUUCAAGAAGGUUGGAGAAGGCCACCCGAUUCGCCUGUGGCGUGCCUCUGUGGAGAUCGAGGCUCCACCCACUGUGGUUUUGCACCGUGUGCUGAGAGAGCGCCACCUAUGGGAUGAGGACCUGCUGCACAGCCGCGUAAUCGAGAGUCUGGAGAACAACACCGAGGUGUUUCACUACAUCACCGACAGCAUGGCGCCUCACCCACGCAGAGACUUUGUAGUGCUCCGGCGUUGGUGCACAGAUCUCCCUCGGGGUGUGUGUGUUCUCAUCUCCUCAUCUGUUGAUCACGGCAAUGUGCAGCUGGAGGCGGGGCUUCGAGCGGUGCUUCUGACAUCACGUAUUAUAAUUGAGCCAUGCGGAAAGGGGCGGAGCCGACUAACUCACUACUGCAGAGCAGAUCUACGGGGGCGCUCUCCUGACUGGUAUAAUAAAGUGUUUGGUCACCUGUGUGCAGCAGAAGUCGCUCGGAUACGUGGCUCGUUCCCCGUUCUGACCGCAAGAGGACCUGAGACCAAACUCUGAAACCAAGCGAGUGACAAACAGGACAAGACCAAAGUUUACAGUGGAAGUACUUCAUCUGAUCUUAAACCAGAUUAGACCAAAUCUGAUUACCAGACUACUCAGUAUAGACACAUGAUCUCAGACCUGAUUAGACAUGAUCAAACCAGACUAGUCUUAGAUUAGACCUAAUCCAAUUAGAUCCAAUUUAACCAGAUUAGACAAAGCAAAUACUCAGAGCUGAUCAGAUUAGAUUGGACCAAACCAAAGAAAUGACCUGUUUAUAUCACAUCAGAUUGGGACCGCAUGAAUCAGAGAGUAUUAGACAUGAUCAAACCAGAGAGCUCCUGACCUGCUCAAAUCAGACUAUAUCUCAUUAGAUCAAAUUAGAUCGGACCAUGCCGAAUCAGCACAGCCCAGGCCAACACAUUUAACUAGAAUAAAGACAGAUCAGAUCUAAACAGAUCAGAGGAGAAUCGACUAGACUGAACCAAAUUAGAUCGAAUUAGAUCAGGAAGCAUCAGACUAGAGAUUAGAUUAGAUUAGAUUAUAUUAGAUUAUACAACAUUCUAAGCACAAAAGACCAAAGAUUCAUCAGGGAUUCAAGAUUAAAAGAUAUCAAAGAUUAAAGCAGAUCAGACCAAAGCAGACCAGAUCAAGUAAAAGAGAUCGGAAAAGAGGGACGCAUUACACUAGAUCAGAUGUGAUCAGAUCUUUUCAAAAUGGAUUACAGUCAAGAUCAAGAAUCAAGAUCAAUCCAGAUUAGAUCAGAGAUUAAAACAUACUAAUCCAAAGAAUAGACCGGAUUUGGACACAUCAGAUCAGACAUUUAAACUAGAUCAGAUCAGACAAGAUGAACAUUAAUAGUUCAGUGUCUUAAGCGCUCUGUCUGAUGAAUAUUCAUUCAGCUUACAGGGCAGCACUCCGUCAGCCAAUCAGAAACCAGAUAUGUAAAUAUGUAAAUGAGCAGAGGAUUUGAAUAUGAAAGCUAUCAGGAAUCACACCGGGGGCGGAAACUGUCCCAGAUUUAUCUCUGCAUUCUGCACAGUGGCUGUGUGUGUGUGUGUGUGUGUGUGUGUGUAUGUGUGUGUGUGUGUGUAUGUGUGUGUGUGUGUGUGUGUGUGUGUGU